AUGAAAGACCGACUGGCACAGCUGAAGGAGAAGAGUGAUACUGCAGCUGAUGACGCUGAGGUUCACAUGGAGAACGAGGCUUUUAUGGAUGAUUUCUUUGCUCAGAUUGAGGACAUCCAAAUCAGCAUUGACAAGAUUGAUGAAAGUGUCACAGAAAUAAAAAAACACUACUCCAUCAUCUUGUCAGCCCCCACGCCUGAGCAGAAAACACAAGAUGAUGUUGAAAGCCUCACCAAUGAGAUCAAGAAGUCAGCCAACAAUGCAAGAAGCAAACUUAAGAGUAUUGAGCAUCAGCUUGAGUCAAACACAGACAAGAGAGCCUCAGCUGACCUAAGGAUACGCAAGUCACAGCAUGCUAUCCUGGCUAAGAAAUUUGUGGAGGUGAUGACAAACUACAAUGAGGCUCAAGUUGAUUUCAGAGAUAAGAGCAAAGGACGAAUUGCCCGACAGCUGGAGAUCACAGGGAAAGCAAUGACUGAUGAAGAACUGGAAGAGAUGCUGGAAGGAGGCAACUCGGCUGUCUUCACCGCUGGGAUCAUGGACACUAAAAUCAACCAACAGGCCUUGAAUGAGAUUGAGGCUCGUCACAAAGACAUCAAGAGGCUGGAAAGCAGCAUUAAAGAGCUCCAUGACAUGUUUGUUGAUAUUGCCAUGCUGGUUGAGAACCAGGGAGGCAUGAUUGACAGGAUUGAGAGUAACAUGGACCAGUCAGUGGGCUUUGUAGAGAGGGCGGUGGCUGACACCAAGAAAGCAUCCAAAUUCCUGCAGGAGGCACGCAGGAAACAAAUGAUGAUCCUUUGCUGCUCCGUGAUUUUGGUCAUUGUCCUUGGUUCAUUUUUCUACAGCUUCAUCAAAUAGAAAAUGCACGAUGCUACCAACAAGCUAAGUCCACGCAGUGGAGGAUGAGGCUGAGCAGAUGGUCAAAAACAGAGCCGGGGG